UUUAUUUGUUUGUAACAAAACAUUACUCGCCUUUAAAAUUAUUGACUGGUUUAAUCGGAAAUUAAAAUACUUUAUGCGAUUUCGUUACUGAAACACUUAAUAUAAAAGAUGUUUUAAUUUUAUUUCGAUGCAAAGCAGUCUGACGUAAAGUGUCGUAGAACCUUUAGAACGGCAGAAGGCGUAAGUUAGGGUAAGGUAAAAUGCCCAGAUAUGCAGUUUGGCUUCUUGUUUUUGUUUUUGUGAUAUAUGCUUUCAUUUGGCCUGUACUUGCUGGUUUUGAAAAGUAUUGUAUGUCACAGACAGAACGGUAUGGCGGUCAUAAAGAUGGAAUUUGUGGAGACGAAUUAUCGCUUGUCGUUACUCUUGUGUGUGAAGGAAAGUUUAGUCUACCUAAAAAGCGCUCAGUUGACCAUAAAAAUUCUAAUGAAGAUAUUUUCCCAAGGUUUUCACCACUACAAGGACAAAUCCUGGGUAAAAGAAAUGCACUAUCAUAUCUUGGAAAGAGUAAAAGAUUUUAUGAUUAUGGAAGUUCGUACCAAGGAAUAGUAUGUGAAUGUUGCUACAAUCAUUGCAGUCUAGAUGAGCUUUCACAAUACUGUCUCUUGGACAAGAAAGAUUCAUAACAGCAGCAGACGACAACAUCGAAAAUGUACUGCGAGGAAUUCGUUAUCUACAUAAAAAGACAGAAGUGUUAGUAAAACCAGAAUAUUGUCCUUGUACCAACUUUUGUAUAAUUGAAUUAUCUCGAGACAUUUAAGUGUAUAAUGUGAUGGUAACUGUAGUACAUGUUGUAUGAACGCAAUUGUGCACCUUACACAAAAGACACACUAAACAAA